UUGGGCGUGUUAGCUAGCCGAGGAAAAGCGAGAAAAGUACAAAAGAUUUAACAAAAAUGAGCAGGAAAAACUGCAGAAAGUGAGACAGCAACCAUGGUAAGGAGCUCUAACCUAGCAGUCCACUCGCUGACAUCGGCAGCCGGCGUGGGUCGCCUGGCCAUAACCAAGAAGCUGGUGCUCUGGUCGGUCCUGGUGCUGCAGGUGGGCUUCAUCGGAUGCAUCUGGCUCCUCCAGAUGAGCCGCGGCCAGGAGUCGCAGCAGCGGAGCGCCCUGGAGCAGCUGGGAGCGCGGGUGAACUUCGUGGCCACCGGUGAGGUAAGGAUUAACCCUCUAUCCGGAACCCAGUGCCUCCGGCAGCAGGAGAAUGUCAACCGCUACGACAGGGACUUCUUCCAAAUGAAACCGGACCACCGACUGAACGAAACCCACCUGCCCGACUACAAUGUGCCCGCCUAUGUGGACGCGGAGAUGGGACUGAGCUCCCCCGCCCUUUGGUGCUAUCGCGAGGGCACCAUCAACGAAAGUCUGCGGCUCAACGACGUGGACUACCUGAUGGCACCGCCGCAGUGCCGUUGCGAAAGUGGCUGGCACGGCAGGGAUUGCGGCCAGCCGGAGAUCAUUUGGCGAGCCCUGAUGACGUCCAGCCGGACGAGUAAACGGGGAGGCAGCACUACUCCCCUUCAACUGGUCGAGGCCAGUUCGACUUCCCUGCACCGCCUGUUCUACAUGCUGGAACUCGGGGUCUGGGACCAUCUGAGUCUGGAGCUCUUGGAGCUGCAAAUUCGGGCGCUCAUCGAGGUGGUGGACUACUUCCUCAUCUACUACGUGAGUAACGGCAGCAAGGAGCGGAGUUUGGAGAGCUUGCUGGGCAGCCGCACCAGCUACACGCUGCACCGCUGCUCCUCCGAGACCAACUGCAGCAGCUCCCUGGCCUACAGCCACUUCAGGCGGCAGCUGUGGCAGCAGUGCGGCGUCCAAAUGCAGGCACAGGAUCUUCUCUUACACGGGGAUAGUGGAACUGUCUAUGCUCCUGCGGCCCUCAAGUUUCUCAAGUACUAUGCAAAGGAUGUGCUGCCUCUGAAGUUCCGUUUGAAGUACAACGUGUACGGUUUCUACUGGCAGCACCCGAAGAAGACUCUGCUGAAUGGGGUGAUAAGUUCCUUGGGGCACCUGCACACCAGUGCCCAACUGGACGCCCACCGACUGCACCGACUGGCGAGCAGCACUUUGGGCGACCUCAAUCACUACGGCGGUUGGAACUGCGAGCUUUGUCUGCCCCCCGAGCAGAUUGUGCUCCUGCUGCAGAGCUCCAGCCACCAGAAGCUUCCCGUUAGGCUACCCAACGACACCCGAAAUGCGCACAUCGAUGCCAACUACAUGCAGCAGCUGAUAGCCAAUGGAGUUCACAUCGAUGGCACCACCCAGCUGCUCCGCUUGCGGGAGCAGAGCGAAAAGUAUUUCGCACCGGAGGAGGCACUCCUGCACAGCAGCCAGUACGGCCAGCUCUUGGUUAAUCUGUACGAUGUGGACGUGCUGGAGGAUCUGCAGGAGGAGGACUAACUACGCCCGCCACAGUCUGACUUGGGCAGGGCUCCCUACGAAUAUAUAUAUAUUUAUAUGUGCCUGCUUUCGAAAAACCAUCAAUCGCAUAGUCUCAUCAUAUCAUAAUCUACUCAUUCACAUGCCCUUCUGUGUUUUUGGCCAAGCAAUCUCCAAAUUUAGUAUCUCAGCAGACAGGACAGACAGACCCGCCAUCUGUGAUAAGAAAACCAGAACUAAACAAUGAAUUUAUGAGAGA